AGCCCCUGGCGGAGCUCUUCACGGCAAUAGACGAGUUGUCAGCAUCUGCCGACCAACUGAACUCCUCGUACAGUCUGUUGAGUUUUGUUGUGGACGGAAUCACUUACACAUCAUCAGAUGUUUCUCUGACGGACUCCGUACUGUGUGAAUCUACUUUUGGAACCACAGAUGUUCUUUGUGUGGAAUGCCCAAGUGGAACAUACUAUCUUCAAGGUCUGUGUGAGGUUUGUCCCAUCGGAACUUACCAAGACGAGAUGGGCAAAACAUACUGCAGAACAUGUCCUAGAGGGUAUACUACACAGUUUGUCGCCAGUCAAAGUCCUACUGCUUGUUCAGUGCCCAGUUCUGCAAGCACUACAGAAAAUAAUGUAAAACAAUUUUUAGGGUUAGAAAAUCAGUAUUUUCUCAUAAUCAGCGCCAGUGGAUCCUUGAUCGUGAUUAUAGCAGUUGUGGCUAUUGUUUCUAUUUGCAUAUACCGCUGUACAAAAAGAUCCCAAUCGAAGAUCAACACAGAGAGAAGUAUAUCUAGGGUAAAUCGAAACACACUGACUCCCAACGGUCCACCCCCUCCGUAUGAGGCUUGGGGGUACAAGAAAUAAUAUUCACAUCUGUAUGUCGAAAACGUGGUGAUCGGGAUAGCAAAUCAUUUAUUUUAAAUUGUCUAGGAAAUAAAUGUUUCUUGUUAGUGAUAGUGCAUUAUGUUUACGUGAAUAUUUGAUAUUUAAAGGGCUCGUAUGUCGACUGUGAUAUUAUAUAGCAUGUGUGAAUGGUUUGAGUUACGAUAUCCUUGUUCAAUGAUUUGAAAUUAUCUCGAGCUUCAUUUUAAUUGACUUUGUAAACCUUUGCUUUAGAGUUUCAAUAAUUAUGGAGAGAGUAUAAUAUACCUCUUGUUUAGAUUUUAAUGUCUCGUUUGUGAGGGAACGAUAUAACUUUUAUCUCCCUAAGUAUUAUUAAUAGUGGAUGGUACUAUUUAGUUCUAGUCACUUGUGUGGGUUUUGUCUUUAAUUCUUAAAUAUUUCAUGCAUAUAUGACUAAUGUCUGUUUUUCUUGAUCAUCAUGAUUUUUAUUCAAUUACUUGUAUAUGUUAUUUAUCUUAUUAAUCUCCAUGUCAGUAUUUAAGCAGCAAUUUUGCUAUUUCUAAUGACUAAGUAACUAAUGUUAGCUGCUUAGGAAGAUUAAAUGCAAAUUUCUCAGUUUUGCUCUAAAAAAAAUUGCGGUUUUAUUAACAUUCGUGGGCAUGAAUUUUCUUAGAUAAAAUCAAAAUAACACAGUGUUGCAGAUACAAAAUUUGAUGGAUAAUGAUCUAGACGAUACUUUAAUAAUGUUAUUUGAAGAAAAAAAUGCACUUCAAUUACCAUUUAUAAUUUCGAUCAAUUCAACAAUGAAAUUAAAGAAAACUGGUACUCAACAAAUAUUAAUGAACUCAAGCCACAGUGCAGUUUAGUGAUAAAAAUGUUAUUGCUUUUUGAUGAUGAUUUGUGAUUUGGUAGUUCUGAAAUUGAAA